AUGGCUACUAGCAGUGGUGGAAGUGCCCAGCAGACGGGUCUGCUGCUGUCUAAAUUCGAGACCAAGUCCAAUAGAGUCAAGGGCCUCACAUUCCAUCCAAAACGUCCUUGGAUUCUAGCAAGUCUGCACAAUGGAACGCUGCAGCUAUGGGACUACAAAAUGGGAACCCUCAUUUCUGUGACUCUUCAUACCCAACUCAACCCUUGCACCAACGCAGGUCCUGUACGUGGUAUUGCAUUCCAUCCAACUCAGCCCUUAUUCGUCUCGGGUGGUGACGACUACAAGAUCAAAGUAUGGAACUGGAAGACGAGACGAUGUCUAUUCACCCUUAACGGCCAUCUCGACUAUAUUCGAACCGUCUUCUUCCACCACGAGCAUCCUUGGAUUAUCUCGGCCUCUGACGAUCAAACUAUACGGAUAUGGAAUUGGCAAUCUAGAAACUGCAUAUCCAUACUCACGGGUCACAACCACUAUGUCAUGUGUGCUCAAUUCCAUCCAAAGGAAGACUUGGUUGUGUCCGCUUCGCUGGAUCAAACUGUCAGAGUGUGGGACAUUUCAGGUUUGAGAAAGAAACAUGCUGCUCCACAACAACCUACAUUGGAAGACCUCCAUCGUGGUCCAAACCAAGCUGACUUGUUUGGUGGAACCGACGCCAUUGUAAAAUACGUAUUGGAAGGUCAUGAUCGUGGUGUCAACUGGGCUUCCUUCCAUCCAAACCUACCUCUUAUCGUAUCUGGUGCUGAUGAUCGUCAAGUUAAAUUAUGGAGAAUGAAUGAAACAAAGGCAUGGGAAGUCGAUACGUGUCGAGGUCACUACAACAACGUGUCCUGUGUCAUCUUCCAUCCGAGACAGGAACUCAUCAUUAGUGACUCGGAAGAUAGAACAAUACGUAUUUGGGACAUGACAAAGAGAACUGUAUUACAAACAUUUAAACGUGAAAAUGAUCGAUUCUGGAUUAUGGCUGCUCAUCCGGAAUUGAAUCUCUUCGCAGCUGGCCACGAUUCAGGUCUCAUUGUAUUCAAACUGGAACGAGAACGACCAGCACAUGCCGUCCAUCAGAAUCAAUUAUUUUAUCUCAAAGAAUCCGUCGUUCGUCAAUACGAUUUCACAAACUCCAAUGAUUCUGGCCUUAUCAAAGUACGAAAAGCUCCUGUUGGACAAGCCACGCCACCAAAAACAUUAUCAUAUAAUCCUGCUGAAAAUUCCGUGCUCAUUUGCUCGAUGGCAGACGGUGGAACUUAUGAAUUGUACAAUUUGCCCAAAGACCCUUCAAGUGAUGUCAGAGACGCAACCGAUUCAAAGAGAGGAAUCGGUCAAGCUGCUGUAUUUGUAGCAAGAAAUCGAUUUGCUGUAUUAGACAAGAUGGGACAGCAAAUCUUGAUCAAAGAUUUGAAGAAUGAAGUCACCAAACAAUUCAAAUUGCCUACACCUGUCAACGAUAUCUUUUACGCUGGUACCAAAACUCUUCUCCUCACUACACCCACAUCUGUGAUUCUAUACGAUACCGAAUUAAAAGCAUCUGUCGCUGAAUUGAAUGUCAAUGGCGUUCGAUAUGCUGUUUGGUCGCCGGACAUGUCUAUGGUCGCCUUGUUGAGCAAGCACACCAUUGCAAUCGCCAACAAGAAAUUGGAGCAGACUUGUCUCAUACACGAAACCAUCAAAAUUAAGAGUGGCGCAUGGGAUGAAAUUGGUAUAUUUGUCUACACCACUCUCAACCACAUCAAAUAUGCUCUACCUCAAGGUGACAAUGGUAUUAUUCGAACUCUCGAACAACCAGUCUAUCUGACUCGAGUCAAGGGCAAGAGUGUAUACUGCCUUGAUCGUGAUGGCAAAGUUCGAGCUAUAUCUAUUGAUCCCACUGAAUAUCGGUUCAAGCUUGCUCUGGUUCGACGUAAUUACGAUGAAGUCUUGCAUCUCAUUCGAACAUCAAAUCUUGUUGGACAGUCUAUUAUUGCUUAUCUGCAGAAGAAGGGAUAUCCAGAGGUUGCACUUCAUUUCGUAAAAGACCACAAGACACGUUUCGAACUAGCCUUGGAAUGUGGUAAUUUGGAAGUUGCAGAAGAGACUGCUAAAGCCAUGGAUAAAGAUGAAUGUUGGAAUUUGUUGGCUGUUGAAGCAUUGAAGCAGGGCAAUCACAGAUUGGUCGAAAUGGCAUAUCAACGAGUCAAGCAAUUCGAUAAACUGUCAUUCUUGUAUUUGAUUACUGGUGAUGUCCCCAAACUGAAAAAGAUGCUCAAGAUUGCUGAAGCUCGUGGUGAUACCAUGUCACGAUUCCAGAACUCAAUGUAUUUGGGUGAUGUUGAAGAGGAAGUCAAGUUGCUUAAGGAGGUGUAUCAAUUACCAUUGGCCUAUCUGGCUGCUCAAACUCACGGGUUGACUGAAGAGGCAGAAUCCAUCCUAGUAGCAGCUGGUAAAUCCGACUCGCCACCAAUGCUACCGCCACAUGCCGACCUCUUGAAGCCACCAACUCUCAUCCUCCGACAAGGAGAUCAACCAUGGCCCCGCCUCACAGUAUCCAAAUCCUUCUUUGAAGGAGGUCUCUUCCAAAAAGAGGGUGGUGCAUCCAAUGCAUUAUCCGCACCCAAUAUAGCUCUAGAUGAAGAAGCUAUGGACGAUGUAGGUGGUGAUUGGGGCGAUGAUUUAGAUAUACCUGAAUUGAAUGGAACGUCAGAUAAUAAGAAACAUUCCAUUUCUAAUGGCGCUGGUAAUGCAGCAGCAGUCGGUCCAGCUGGUGGUGCUGUGGAAGGAGAUGGAUGGGAUUUAGAUGGUGAAUUGGAUAUACCGUUGGAUGAUGUUGCUCUGCCUGGUGUUGGUAGUGCUGGACCAGUAGUGUUUAGUCCGCCUACGCAUGGAACUAGUACCAAUGAUAUUUGGAUUCGUAAUUCGUCGUUGGCUGCUGAUCAUGUUGCUGCUGGGUCGUUUGAGACUGCUAUGCAGCUACUCAAUCGACAAGUAUGUGCAGUCAACUUUGCACCCCUCAAACCACUUUUCCUAUCAAUUUGGCAAUCAUCGCGAGCAUAUAUGGCAUGCAAUCCGUCUACCCCACCAUUAGGAUUCCCUAUGCAUCGAGUAUGGGAUGAGGAUCAUCGUAAAUUGUUGCCAUACUUGUCAAUGACUCUACAAUCUGUCGUUGCACGAGUACAAGAUGCAUAUGGAUUGACUACUGCUGGUAGUUUCAGGGACGCAUUAGCGGCAUUCAAGUCUAUCUUGCAAUCUGUCUUGUUGUUGGUUGUUGGGAAGAGAGCUGAGUUGGAUGAGGUUCAACAAUUGAUUACUGUAUGUCGCGAAUACAUAAUGGGUCUCAAGAUUGAAUUAACUCGACGAGAGCUACCUACGGAUGAUCCACCUAAACGGGCCUUAGAAUUGGCAGCCUAUUUCACACAUUGUGCACUACAACCAGCACAUUUGCAGCUAGCAUUGAGAUCCGCUUUUGCUUCCGCAUUUAAAGCCAAGAAUUUUGCUACAACAAUGAUCUUUGUUAGACGAUUGUUGGAGUUGGCUCCACCUGCUCAGAUUGCUCAGCAGGCACGAAAAGUGCAAGUAUUAUGUGAGCGAACCCAAACAGAUGAAAUCGCCCUAGACUAUGACCAGUAUAAUCCAUUCGUUGUAUGUGCCGUCUCAUACACCCCGAUAUAUCGAGGUUCACCAUCAUCGCCAUGUCCCUUCUGUCAAGCACAGUACAAGCCAGAGUACAAGGGCAAGAUGUGUACUGUAUGUGAUGUAUGCCAGAUUGGUGGCAGUGGGACGGGCAUGAGGAGCAUGGUUGAGCAACGAUAA